AUGCACCCCGACGUCAACGAGUAUGGACUCGAUCCAAUAUCUACGAUUGUCGUAGGGGCGGUCAUGUUUCUGCUGACGGGGAUUGCGCUGUCCUUGAGGGUGUACCUCUCAAUCGUUGGCAUAACCGUCUGGAACGCAACCGAGAUAUUUAUCAAGUCAUCUGCUGCGCUAUUCUUCCUUCGACUGGUCCAGGAGGUUUGGCAGAAACGCACCAUACUAAUCUCCAUUACUAUCUAUGUCCUGGUCAUGACAAUGGUCAUCCUAAUAACCAUCUUCCAAUGCGGAGUGCCCUCCAACAUUUUCGUACACCGCAACUGCCUAGACUGGGACUCGGUCAUGGGACCCAUCAGCUACUUCAGUGGCGCCCUGACAGCACUCACAGACUGGAUCUUCGUCCUAACCACUGUAAGCCUGGUCCUCAAAACCAAAAUGCCGCGACCGGCGAAAAUAUCAGUGGUCUUGCUGCUUUCGCUGGCUGCUAUGGGUAGCAUUGUCUCCAUCGCACGGAUCCCUUUUAUCCGCGGCGGAAGAUAUCAACUCAACACCACCUCAAAACUCCCUCGCGUCGUCAUCCUCGCAGCCAUAGAAGCAGGAAUCGGCAUCAUUGCACUCUCACUGGCUACCUUGCGACCACUCGUCAAGACCUGGAUGGAUGCGCUAAGCAGCAAAGCCUCAUCCUCAUCCGAAGACGUUGAGCGCCAAAUUGCUGUUGCGGCCCAGCGAGAGGCACCAGCCCUGGUAGUCGCGGGUCCUUCCAAAAUCCAGGAUUACGAGGUCAUCGAUAUCGAAAUGGCCAAACCCAAGGAAAGACGCAAAGACUCGCACUGGAAUGAUCAGGUGAUUGCGACUAUUUCCAUGCCUUCGGAGAUAUCUGGGAGGUAUGGUGUUUUGGAUAGUGUGUAUUCUGCCGACAAGCAUGAGAGAUGA